AUGUUUGUGCUUCCUCAGUGCAGCUCCAAGGCAGCAACAAUGUUCUACAUUCUGCUGGUGCCGGGACUCGUCAUCCUCGCUUACAUUUUCCGUCAGGUUGUGGUAAUAGGAAGGAGCUGCAAGAGCAACACAAAGCUGCAUGGGAAAACUGUGAUAGUUACCGGCAGCAACACUGGCAUAGGGAAGACCACGGCCAUAGAGCUGGCCAAGAGAGGAGCCAGAGUGAUCCUGGCCUGUCGCAGCAAGCAGAGAGGAGAAGCUGCUCUGCAGGACGUCAAGAGGGAGAGCGGCAGCAACCAGGUGGUGUUCAUGCAGCUGGACCUGGCUAGUCUUCAGUCGGUCCGCAGCUUUGCAGAGAACUUCCUGAAGACAGAACCCAGACUGGACAUCCUGGUUAACAAUGCAGGUGUCCUCCUGAUAGGUCGAACAGAGGACGGAUUUGGUUUGAUGUUUGGCGUCAACCAUCUCGGUCACUUCCUGUUAACCAACUUGUUGCUGGAUCGGCUGAAGGAGUGCGGACCAAGCAGGGUGGUGAAUGUGUCGUCUGCGGCGCACAACUGGGGAAGAGUGGACUUUGACUGUCUGAACACGCACAGAGAUCUGAGAGUAGGAACAACCGGGUUAGACUGCUUUGGGAUUUACGGCGACAGUAAGCUGUGCAACGCUCUCUUCACCCACGAGCUCGCCAAGAGACUGAAGGGAACCAAGGUCACUUGCUACUCCCUCCAUCCAGGAAGCAUCUUGACUGAACUGCAAAGGAACCAGAGCACAACUGUUCAACUGAUACUAAAGAACAUUGAAAGGUUUAUCUUUAAGACCCCGCUCCAGGGAAGCCAAACCACUCUGCACUGCGCCCUGCAGGAGGGCAUCGAACACCUCAGUGGGCGCUAUUUCUCCAACUGCACCGCAAAAAACGUCUUCGCCAAGGCCAGGGACGAUGCCGCCUCAAAGAAGCUGUGGGAGAUCAGUGAGAGGUUCUGUGGCAUCUAAAGCGUGUUUUAAUCCUCUUUAACUAAAGUUACACAUUUUACCUGAGAUUUAUUUUAAGCAGACUUUAAACCAAGCUCUCCACCAGUGUUUUGUUUCCUCUAGAGAGAGGAGCUCUUGAAUGACAUAAAUGUAAACCUCUCACAUUUAGAAGUCAAGCCAGCAUCGGUUUUAUUAUCUGCACUUCCGUUUGCCCUGUUAAGUGUGUAUUGUACCAAGAGAUUGUAAAGACAACUUUGUGCGAAUCUCGUCAGUUCCCUUGAAGCUACUUAUCCUGGAAGAGUAAAAAUAAAAGUUUUUAAUCAACC